AGCAAUCACACUCUCGUUGUGUGCACAUUGUGUGUGUGCGUGUGGGGGAAUAGAGUUGCUGUUGUUCAUCGAACACAGAGGUUUCGGAAGGAAAGGCAAAUCCGGGACUUGCAUGAGUGAGUGAGUGAGCUCAGAUUCAACGGAUGUUUUCACGGGGAUUGUCACUUGGGGGAUGCGGAAUUGUCACUUGCCAUCCCCUCUUCCUGAUGUCCACUGGAUGAGCUCACUGCGGGGGCAUUCUUGAUGUCUCUCAGCGCUACACUAAUCGCUUCCCACGGAGUCGGUUUCACUGGAUAGAGGGAUUUUUUUAAGCACAUGGGAAUUGUGUCUGAUUUUUUAUGUCCGAUUUUCUUGCCCCGAAUCGCGUGGAUUGACGACAACGAAGCUUCCAACCCACGAGAAAAAUGCUGACAAGUCGGGCUUGGGGGUGGAGGAGGAGAGUGGGAGUGACGAGAGCAAAGCCGUGCGUGGAUUGAAGGAACACCAUCGCAAGUCAUAAAUUGCUUGCUGUGACUCAGAUGAAACGAAGUGACAGGUCUCGGUUUUUGGUUUUUCGAAAUGACAGCUAUGGCGACUUCUGUUGCUGCUGUGGGUUCUACCUCUUGUGUGCUUCGCUCCGGCGCGAGUGCUAGCUCAAGCUGCCGGAGUGAGGUACCCGGCACUGCGUUGUCGUCUUGUGGGUUCUUUCGCCAGGGGAUGGUCAUGCCUUCUGAGAGGUUAAGUGGUGGCCAAUUGCAGUGGACUUGCAACAACUGGCGGCAAGUGAACGCAACAUACGCGGGCUUCACCAACACCCCGGACUACAACCCUACUUCAAGUGACGUGACUUCUAGCACCAGGCCUCAGAAGAUCCUGGUGUUGGGCGGUAGUGGCUUCGUUGGCACUGAGGUGUGCAAGGCAGCUAUUCUGCAGGGCAUCUCUGUUGUGAGCCUCAGUAGGUCGGGACGCCCGUCGAGUUCGGCACCGUGGGCUGAUCGUGUCACAUGGGUAGCAGGUGAUGUGUUUCUUACUGACUGGGAUUCUCUCCUUGGUGGAGUGGAAGCGGUAGUCUCAACUCUGGGUAUGUUUGGACCCAAUGACCAGAUGGAGAGGAUUAAUGCCGAAGCUAAUAUUCUUGCUUUAACUGCUGCUAAGAAGGCUGGUGUUCAGAAGUUUGUAUAUAUCUCUGUGCACGACUAUAACUUGCCAGAGUUUGCUCUGAACAAUGGCUACUUCGCCGCUAAGCGAAAAACAGAACAGGAGGUUCUAACUGUCUUUCCUACCUCUGGAAUUGUGCUACGACCAGGUAUAAUUUUCGGGACAAAGAAGGUUUAUGGCAUCGACAUUCCUUUACACCUUUUGGGAGAGCCACUGGAGAAGCUUCUAGAGGCUACUUCAACACUCACUCGUCCCUUGAAGAAUUUACCUGCAUCCGACCUCUUGCUUGCUCCCCCAACGAGGGUGGAAGACGUGGCUGCAGCAGUCAUCAGGGCUUUAAUUUAUGACUAUUAUAAUGGAAUUUUCUCAAUAGAACAGAUUAAGGAUAUGGCUAAGGAAUAGGCCUCAUAAACUCAGACUGUUCACCGAUUUAUUCGAAUGCAGUGGGAUAAGUUCACCGAUUUAUUCGGAUGCAGUAGAAGCCAACGAUCAAGCUCGGCAGGACUGUUUCACAAGUGCACCUCACUGUGUAACAUUGGAACAAGGUCGGGAACUAUUGAAACCACCCAUACUGCAGGAAGUAAGUAGUUGAUGCGAUUAAAAAACUCCCCCAUGGCAAAGCACCUGGUAUAGAUGGAGUUCCAAUGGACUUCUUUCAAGCUUUUAUAGAUGAAACAGCCUAGGAUCUUCUUAGCCUAGUUGAGGUCUUCUCUAUUAAAACAAUCUGCCGCUCCUUAAACACUAACAAGAUUUCUUUACAACAAGAUUUCUUUACUACCAAAAGUUAGGCAAACUUACAUUUAUCACAAAUUUUCACCCCAUCUCAAUCCUUGGAGCAGUAAACAAAAUUAUAGCAAAGAUCUUACCUAAUAGAAUGAUCAAAUUCUUACA